CGGGGGGCUGCCGGGGCGCGGGGCUGGUGGGCGAGGGGCUGGAAGCCGGUGGCAUGCAGCAACCCCUCUGGCUGUGCAGAGCAAGGGGUGCAGGAGGGGCACCUCCUCUGGGGUGCAGGUGUUACCUCAGAGAGGGGACACCAGAAAACAGAGAGGGCUUUCCUGCACACCUCAUGCACAGUGCGUGGCAGGGCGGACCUCCAGCUGCUCUCGGCCACCCAUGUGGCAUGGUGCAUGCUCCCUCUCGCCUCUUCCCUCCCCACAUGGGCAGCUGAGGGGUGUGGGGACAUGGGGUCUGUCCAGCUGGUGGCCGUGGCUGUCCCAGGGGCAGGCUGGUGCCGUCCCAGCAUGUCCCCAUUCGCAGCAGGGCCCACAGAGGCUGGCAGGGGCUGGGGCCGUGGUGCCUCACCAUCAGCACGCUCUCACCCCACCCCUCCGCCCCACCGAACGCGAUGCCCUAGAAAAGCCACUGCUUCCCUUUCAUCUUCCUAUCCCACCAGUCAAGGUUUGCUUUCUUUAUCUCUUUCUGUCAUCCUUCCCCCCUCCUCCCCGAUGAGUCAUAGCUGCAGCAGCGUGAAAAAGAUGUCACCAGCACUUCGGUUUCCCACCUCGCCACCCCCUUCCCCUCCUCCUCCAGCCCUCGGCCCAUCGCAGCGGGCGCCUGACAGAUCUGGGCGAUGCAUUGCAUAAUGCUCAUGCACCCUGUGUGGUCCCUGCCUGGUCCCUGUGGUUCCCGUCUGGUCCCUACAUUGCCCCUGUGUGGUGUCCGCACCCACGGAGCCGGUGAGCCCCUUCCCCUGCACCCUGGGGGGUGGCACUUUGCAGCAUCCAGGUCCAUCCCGGAGCUGGGACCAAGGGCUUUGAGGGUGUUUAAGUGCUGAUGGAUUUUGGGAGAUGUCCUUGGCCGUGCCACCCCGAGGAUGCAAUAGCCCCGCUGUGUUCUCUGGCUCCUCCCAGCAGCUUUCACUCGGGAUUGCGCAAAAAAUGCCGUCGCAGCUUGGCUGCCCCGGGUGCUUGGGGCCACCGUGCUGUUGGUUUUUAGUGGGGCACGGCUGCAGCACGUGUGUGCACAGCAGGGGGCUGCAAAUUGCUGUCCAUCACGAGUCCCUCCCCCACAGUGGUGCAUUGGAUCCGUGGGAGCUUUCCCAGCCACCUCAGUGCAAGAGAGCCAGUCGGAUGCACCCGGUGUAGUGAGGCCACACCGGAGCGGUGGAGGGAAAGGGGAGCUCUGGCCCUUGGGUGAAGUUUUCCGCUUCCUUCUUGCUUGGAAGCUGCAUGCAUCUGAAGACCUGAGCAAGGAAUAUCAACACUUUUCGGCUUCAGGGCUGAGCGAGGCAUUGCCUGCCGGGGCACCUCUGCCUGCAGCAUGGCCGUGCUGGCAGGGGGUGACUCUGUGCAGGGGGCUUUUUAUUUUAAAGGAGGUUUAAAAGACUCUUCCGUGUUCUCCUGGCUGGGUGGUGGGUCCCCGUCCCCUCCCAGGUCCUGGACAAUGUUCAACAGGAACCUGGUUGUGGCUCAGUUGCCACUCCAGGGCUUGCAGUGGGGUUGGACAGUGUGGUGGGCGCCGUUUGGUGCCACCGGUGCCACUCGCUGCUGCUCCAGGCUCUCCCCGCUGCCACCCUUGCGCAGUGCCUGCAGGGACCUCAUCCCAUGGGCGAUGGGGGUGACACAGGGAGCACCCCAGGACCUUCCCAUCUCCAGCCCUCCGCAGCGCCAGGGAGAGCCCCAUCCUGGCACCCCCGGGCUUGGGGGGCUGUGUUCAGGGGGGAAACCCACCUGGUGCCCACCUCUGCCCUUCCUCCCCAGGUACAAGGGCUUUAUCAAGGACUGCCCCAGUGGGCAGCUCGAUGCCGCCGGCUUUCAGAAGAUCUAUAAGCAGUUCUUCCCCUUCGGCGACCCAACUAAAUUUGCCACCUUUGUUUUCAAUGUCUUCGAUGAGAACAAAGAUGGGAGGAUCGAGUUUUCGGAGUUCAUCCAGGCACUGUCGGUCACCUCCCGGGGGACGCUGGACGAGAAGCUGAGGUGGGCGUUUAAGCUGUACGACUUGGACAACGACGGGUACAUCACGAGGAACGAGAUGCUGGACAUUGUGGACGCGAUUUAUCAGAUGGUGGGAAACACGGUGGAGCUUCCUGAGGAGGAGAACACACCGGAGAAGAGAGUGGAUCGGAUUUUCGCCAUGAUGGACAAGAAUGCAGAUGGGAAGCUGACGCUGCAGGAGUUUCAGGAGGGCUCCAAGGCCGACCCCUCCAUCGUGCAGGCGCUCUCCCUCUACGACGGGCUUGUAUAGUCCCGGGACCCAGCGGCGACGCCUGGGGGAAGAUGCUCUCUGUACCAUCCGACCACCGCCGCGUGAAGCUUGCCUGUCCCUCUCGGCCUUCCUUUCUGUUCCGCGAGCAAAGGAUGCCCUCGAAGCGCGAGCUCACUUCCCCUCUCUGCACUCUGAACCAGCCGCUGCCAUUUGCCAACUUCUGCUUUUUCCAAAAAAACCACCCGCGACAGACCCCAGUCUGAGCGGCAGCGAACACCCGAGACUUCAAGGCCAGGGGAACGGGUUGAGCAUCGCCGAAGGCAGAGCUCACCCCCCGGCCUCCUCACCCUCUUUGCUCCCCUUUCCUACGUUUUCGGAUGGGACUGCGGAUGCGCCGGUGCCGGCGUGGUCCUCUCCCAGGAACCGGCCGGCUGGAGACGGAGCCCAAAGGUAGCGGGGGGCCGCGCACCCCGGGGUGCUGCCUGCGGGGGGCGGCUGGGGAGCCGAGGCACCAACGGCGACUGGGGACACAGUCCUGGCAUCACCUGCGAUGCCGCUGGCAGCCCGGCCCGGCUCACUAGGGAUAUAUAUUAUUAUAUAUAUUUUUUUUUUGGUGAGACAGUAUUGUGCUUUUUCUUUUUUUUUUUUUUUUUUUCCAUUGGUGGAAAAAAGUGAGGCUUUUUUUUUUAUAUGCCUGUCUUGACGAUCGAUAUCCUUAUUUAUUUGUUGUAAAUGUUGCUGCCGUGUUUAGUCUCUUGUGUGUGUGUCCGACCACCUCGGUGAUGGUAUGUAAGGUUUACAAGCUCGUACACUAUUGCGGGGCACUGGGAACCUGCAAUAACAAUGAAGCCAAAAAUCUGCCUUGCCCCCUCUCCUCCCACCCGCUGUAUCCCGAGCUCUGUGGGCUGGCUGCUGUUUUAAGGGGAUGCUGUAGCUUAUUUUCCUCUUCCCGUUUACCUGUUUCCUGCAUUUUUCUGUUCACCCUUCCCUUUGCAAGCUCAGUCCAGGCUCCGAGCAGUCCGAGCCCCCUCCAUCCCUCAGCCGGGCAGGGCAAGGAAACCGCCAGGCACCAGAAUGUCCUCAUUUCCAUUGAUUUUUUUAAAAUUUCUCACUGCAUGAAAAAGUAUUAAUGGAACUGAGAGCUGGGUUUUGCUUUCAAGUGGAUUCCUUUACUCUUUUGGGGUUUUUUUGCAAAUGGUGGGAAGGUCUGUUUGCUCCCCAGGGAGGUGGCUGGGAAUCAGCCUGUGUGCCGGUGGGGCGAGCAGAGGGGGUGCCCCUGGGGACCGCUCGCUCUGUCCCCCCAUGCUGGUUGGGGAGAUGUGGCAGCUCCUUCCGUGGGGUGCUGGGCUGGGAGACACGCAGCUCGGGGUGUCUCCUUGUCCCCUCGCUCCUCGUUCAGGAUGUGGGAGGUUUUGCUGUAAACCAAGGGCAUGGCCCCAAAGCGGAGCCACUUGUGCCCCCCCCAUGGGAGGCAGAGGGCCAGGGAAACACGUCCGGAGAUACCCAAGUGUGGGGCUUGGAAACAGCUGGAAAAGGCUGGAAACAGCCACAAGCGGUGCUUGUGUGGCCUCUCCAUCACCCGCCACUGCUCCAGGAUGUGGCCAAGCAGGGCUCAGCCCCACCAGGACACAUGCCGUGGGACACACACCGUGGGACACAGUUGGCAUCUCCACUGGAGGAAGAGCGUAGGUGGAUGCUGCCGCAGCUCCGUUUCCAUCCGCUGUGGCCCCUGCCCUGGAGAAGGAGAGAUUCGCACCUCCUCAGGAGCAAAGUGCAAGAUGCCCGCGGGAUCCCUAUUGCCAGCUGGGGUGCAGACCCUCUUGCUCUGACGUGGCUUGUUCCUGCCCCACCACCCCUGAUGCUGCUCUCCCACCAUCUCGGGGCUCACCCCGCCACCCCCGGUGCGGCUGAUGGUGGCAGCAUCUUUCCGCCCCACUGUCUGCUGGGGUUUCUGCAGGUCCCGCGGCCGAGCCCAGCCAGGGGCCGUCCCCAUGGCGGUGGGAGGUGACAUCUGGACAUGAAGGAUGUUCUCACAGGUGUCCCACGAUGCAGGUGACAAGAUGGUGCCCCAGCAGGGUCUGAAUCCUCCCUAUGUGGCAGAAACGGAGUCUCUGGCCAAGUGAUGCUGGUCCUUUGCUGCGCAGCCUGGCUCCCCCGGUUUUGAGGCCAUGUGCUGGUGGCACUUCCUGAUGUCCAUAAAAAACUUCCCCAUCCCCAAGGAGACCGACCUCACGUCCACGUGCAAUAUUUAUGCCUCCUCUGUGGCUCCUGCCCCUGAGGGUGAUGGUGGUUCAUUUCUGGGGGCUCCUGGAGGGUGUCACUUCGCUCCUUCCCCUGGAGACUCCUGUUCCUUGAUGCUUUGUGGCCAAAACACAGCUCUCUUGGGUAGAUCUUUGCAGUGCCUCCAACUUCUCUAACGCUCCUCUGCCAGACUGGACCCUUCUGGUGCCAAUCGAUGUUCCCAAUGAAUGUGACGCUGCUGUAACCACCUCCGCUGAUAAAUGAUGGACCCCGCAAUGUUUGACAUAAUUCCCAGCAAAAGGCAAACCUCAUUUGCUCUGACGCUUUCCCCUGAAAGGCUUUCAGUUUUUGGAGGACCUGCCAUGCUUUGAGCUCCAUCAGCGCUCGCUGGUGUCUCAUGAGGCAGUCCUGCACGGGCAGCGGGAUGUGUGGCCCCCGCUGUGGGUGGGUGGGGGACCAGCAUCGGUUUGGGAGAGCUUCAGACCCCAGAAAUCCCCAAAUUCAGCAUCACCGCCAGCAACCUCCUGCUGCCGCUGCUGCCGACAGGCUCAGGGGAUGGAGCCCAAUGCCUUGUCCUCCCUUAAAUAUUUGCACAUUAAGAAACAGAAAAAGGAGCAAAAAGGAAAAAAGCUUUUUGCCUGCAUCCAAAAGCUCUGUGCUGGCUGACGAGGACCCUGUUGGUUUGGUGGUGACAAGGAGUUUUCCCGGGCAGAGGCCCCUCCUGCAGGGUCGGGCUGGCUCUUGUCCUGCGUCCCAGUGUGGGGUCUGUCCUGCCCCGCUCUGGGCACACUGAGCGUCCCCGAGCAAAUUGUUUGGACCACGGUAUUUCCCCCUCUCUGUGGAUUUGGGACCCUGGUUUGGAUGCUUCUAGUCACCGUUUGGGGAGCACUGUGGGCCCCCGACUCCUGAACAUCACCAGGAUCUACAGCUUUUUGGUACCGCUGAAAAUAAGGCUUGAAGCAUCUCAUGCUUGGAAAUGUUGGCCUUAACCUCCUCGUGCCUCAGUUUCCCCAUCAGUGAAAUGGCCUGGGUGAGGCAUCCCCCCUCCGGAGAGCGGUUCAAGGCUGUGCCCGAGGUGAUGGAUACGGCUCACGGCUGCGACCAGGCGGGUUUGGCAGGACCCCCUGAACAUCAGGCAUGUGUGGAGUGCCGGGAGCAGGGCAUGGACUGCUGGGUUGGAGUUUACAUCACCAAAUGAUUAAUUUCGGUGUUUUUACACCUGCUCAUUAUUAAAGGCGAACAACCGACAAGACCUGAUCUGUUUCUGUUCACACACAGGUUCCUGAUGCCUGUCUGAAAUCAAGCCGGCUGCAGCCCUGGCAAUGGGAAGGGGACCCGAAGCGCAGCCGGGCAGAGGCGACUGUGGCGUGUCCCCCCCUACCUCUCAUUUGUCCCCGUCGGUGUUGCCCCAUUAAAAUGCCAUGUCUGUGCUUUCCUUUCUUUUCAUUUUCAUGUUUGUGUGCAGAGUGUUGCUGCUUUGUAACUGUCUUUCCAUGAGCUCUGGGGCUGGGCUGGGCUGAGCUGUUUCACCCCAAGGACAAGGAUGUGGGAGAAGGCUCUGGGGGCAGAUUCCCCCCCACCCCCUUAUCACGGCACAAACCAGGACCCGAGAGAGAAGCGAAGCGGGUUUUUCCUCCGGAGCAGCCCUUUAAUUGCUGCGAUUUGUAAUGACACUGGGUGGCCACCAGGAGCACUCCCCGAUGGGUUCGUGGAGGGGGGAGUUGGCUUAUGGGGGACCCUAGACCCCGUUUGUGCCGGGUACCGGCUGCAUCUCACCUGUGCAGAAGCAGAUGCCUGUCGGUGCCUGCCUCCCGUGCUGUCAGGACACCGCAUCCCAGUUGGAUGGGGGAUGCUGAGGCUGUGGGACCCCCAUCCCAGAGCCACUGCUCCCCCCGAGCGGGCAGGGAUGUAAGGAAGCGUCUGCCACCGGCUGCUGUGGGGCCGUGUGAACCUGGGGGGUCUCGGGAAAUGGGGCUGACCCCUGCUUGGAGCAGGGCUGUCUUCGAAGCAGGGCCGGCUUCGAAGCAGGGCCAGGCACGGCAUGGGGGCAGCCGAAAUCACUGGCAGAGCUGCCAUCUUCCCAUAUAGUUAGGGUUGGGGGGGUUGAACGGGAUGGGUGGGUGACCUGCAGCCAUCUCCCUGUCCCACUGUCCCCAACCCCGGGGCAAAGGGGGGGAUUAUGGGAGGGCAUCAGCCACCCCUCCUUCAUGAGGGCAGUGGGUGGCGGUGGUCAGCAGGGCAGAAGCGUGGACUGGGGUUGAAGGAGGGAGAUGCUGGGCCCAGUCUUGGUGCAGCAGCUUGGGGUUCUCCUUGCAGAGCAGUUUUGGGGUCUCAGUCACACAUGCCAGCCCCGACCUGUUCCAGUGGCGCUGCGGGAAAGCCGUCCAUCCCUUCUCUCUCUCUGCUCCUGUGGCCACCAGCCCUGGGCCAGGGUGCUGUGUCCUGCGGGACCCCUGCCCGGGGCGGGGCGGCAGCAGCCGAGCCCCCGGCUGAGAACCAGCAGCUCCAGCAAAGAGCCUUGUUUGUAAAGAUGAAGCCUGUUUGUGCGUCCAUGCCGGUGUCUCGGCUUGCAUGCCCUGCUGCCUUGUCUUGAGAUGAAUUCAAGAGCAAACCAAGCAAACGAAACAGUUUAAAAACAAAAGAAAAACAAAACAAAACCCAGGAACUUUGUGACAGUGGAAAUAAAAGCUUAAUGACAAUAACGAA